UCUCUCUCGCUGAGUAGCGACUUUCGUCCCCUUUUUAUCGGGUCGUGUCGCGGGGAUCAAGGAAGAAAGGAAAAGAUUCCAAGAAAAAGGAGAUAGCUACAGUCAUUGGUAAGACCUCCGCAGCCCCCGCAGUGACGCGUGCGAGCCGCUGCCUUUCCAUAAAUGGCAUUAGUCCGUGUUGCCCCAUCGCUCAUGUUGGGUUGGGCGGGUUUUGUUAUUUCCUGCGAGAUCCAACGCCCAUCUUUGCCGUGCGUUUACCCUGGUUCUGUGCAUCCGAACGAGGGAUAGGGAGUUAUUCAUUUGUACUAGUGACCGCGACUUGUGUCCGUGGAGGAGGUGUGUGAGUGGAGAAGAUGGCGUCCACAGUGUCCAUCAAGAUCCACAUUGUUCGCAGCAACAACAUCAAGACUAUGCAGUUUGAUGAGUCGAUGAUUGUCUAUGAUGCCUGCAAACUCAUCAGAGAAAGAGUGCCGGACGCAGCUCAAGGACAGCCCCAAGAGUAUGGUCUCUUCAAACCAGAUGAAGACCCAACUAAGGGACGAUGGCUCGAGGCAGGUAGAACUUUGGAGUACUACCACCUCAAAUCUGGGGUAAGACGGAAUAUCCUGGAGUACAGGAAGAAGCAGCGUCCGCUGAGAGUGAGAUUUCUGGACGGAGCAGUGAAGACUAUUCUGGUCGAUGACAGUCAGAAUGUGGUCGACCUAACCAAGGCCAUCUGUGCCAGGAUUGGGCUGACCAACCCGGAGGAGUUCUCGUUCACGACUGAGGAAGAGACGAGUGACCAGACAGUGAGGAGACACCAGCAGUAUGUGAGAGACCAGAAGAAACUAGAGACCCUCAAGAAGAAACUGCACACUGAUGAUGAGUGUGAGUCACCUGGGGAAGAGAGUCUCAUUUCUGUUGUGGGCGAGUAUUUGUACAUUCCAUACAUUCCUUGA